UCAUGUGCUACUGGCUGUUAAGUAGAUACUGAAAAGGUUGGUAUGUUUUUAAACGAAUAGUCACGCACACCAGUAGGUGAGCGUCAACGUUUUUAAACGAUCUGUAAUUCUUAGAGAGAGAUGCGGCAUACGAAUGCUAGUAUUAAACAAAGAUAGUGACAACGUUUACGUUACUUUCUAAGGUGGUUUUGUUAGGUUAUAUACCGUUUGCGCUUUUACUUGUUCGGUAUUAGUUAUUCUACGUACCGGUACCAUGGAUGCAAAUACAGGUAAGUUUUACCAAUUACGGAAUAUUCACUACUAUUACAACAUGUUUUUACAGCUAGUGAUAACAAAAAACGGGCACGAUCUUCGAAUUUUACAAUGGCUGAAUCAAGGUUACUAGUAGACGAAGUUUGCAAACGGAAAAAAAUUAUUGAAAAUAAACAAACUGAUGCUGUGACAUGCAAACAGAAAGAGGACGCGUGGAUCAACCUCGAAAGUGCAUUUAAUGCAAACAGCGGAUCCACGUUUCGAUCAACUAAAAUGUUAAAAAUAAAAUACGAAGGCAUAAAACGAAGUCUCCAGCAGAAACGUAGUAAAGAGAAGUGUGGAUUAUAUCGGACUGGUGGAGGCCCUCCCGAUACAGUGACCUAUACUGACUACGAAGAGAAGCUGCUAGCUAUUAUAAGUACGCAAGUGGACGGAUUACACACGCAAAAUGAUUGUGAUAAAGAUUUAGAAAUUCCUGUUAUUCCACCACCAGAACCAGUCGAAUGUACUCAACCGAUUGUAAUCGAUGCACCAAUGUCGACAGCAGAACUUAGUGAAGAUGAAAGGUGUAAUAACAUCACCAGAGCUACAUCUCAUUUAGAACCCGUUGCAUAUGUUUUGGAUAUCCCCAUCGAGAUAGAUAUGCCAAAUGAAGAAGCAACUCCAAUUGAAGCAAGUGCAAGUGAUGUCGCAACAAAUGCAACUGGUUGGCAAUCGUGGACCCCACAAAAAAUGAAAGAACCACCUCACAAAGCUUUGCAACAAAAAACAAACCGUAAAGCAAAUCUAGAACAAAAAUUCAGUAAAUUAGCAAACAGUAGAGAGGAGCUGGUUAAAUUGCAGUUGGCAAUUGUGGAAUUGGAAAAAGAAGUGCGACAGGAAGAGUUACAACUCAUGAAAGAAAGGCGUGAAAGGGAAACAGCAAAGCAUGAGUGGAGGAGCCAGUACAUUCUCUAUUAG